CAUCAACAACAAAAAGACCUCGCACAAUACGAUGGGAUAUUUCUGACGAAGGACAGCCAGACUUUAGUAGUUGUUGGGGAAUUGACAAUGUGUUGCUUGUCAAUAUAGCGAAUAAACCCAGUCGUAUGGAAGAGAAUUUUGAUCCAAUUGAUCCCAGCAACUGGCUUUUCUUUCCUGGAGGGAAUAUCAGACAAAAGUGUCGAUCUGAGGAAAAUACUUUGUUCUUCAAUAUUGAAAAUCAAACAGUUAAUUAUGCUGUAACACGUGAUUUCGACUUAUCAGUUUCUGACGUCACACCGGAUCUAAUGCUUGAGGAGCAGUUUGAAUCAAAGAACCAACCAGGCUGGAUAAUUCGAGGAGGCCGGGUUGACGUUAUCUGUGGUGUUCUUUAUAAUGCUAACUCAAUGGUGUUUGAUGGGGCGGGAGAACGGUGGGCCUGUACUCCGUAUCUUGAUACUAGAUUGGCAGGAAAUCUUAGGUUCUACUUUGGUUUCGGUAGUGGUCGUUGCCAAGCCUUGGAUUCUCCUGAUACAAACGUCGAGGUUUACAUUGAGGACAAGCAUGGGCACAAACCGGUGAUACGAAAUCUCGCAAGUAGAGAUUUUAUGGAACCUAGAUUAAUAUCAGUGCCUAUAAAUGGCCACCAAAGACAGUCUAAGGCGCGGAUUUGCUGGGCACAGGCGCACCAUCGCGGUGUGGAUCUCGACGUUUGGGCAAUUGAUGGAGUACAGGUUUUGCCACAUUUCCCCCGAAGAUCCGAUGUGAAUAAAAUGGUACAGUUCGAUCUUAACUUGAACUGCGGGAAAAAUGCAACCAGAAAUGUUGUUAGUUUAGAAGCCUCUACAAAUUUUGGGAAAUCAUGGUUCAAAGUUCAUGAACCAUGUCUCCAUUACAAAUGUGGUGGGAAACAUCAACCAGUGUCAUCGGAGUAUGAGAGCGAGGACUUUUUAAGCUGGAAGAGGGUGACUUCGCCUCUUCCCUUUGCUGUUCUAGUACCUCAUGUCAGAUUUCGGUGGAAUGGAGAACAUCAAGUUACACCUAAUUGGGCUUUAGACAACGUAUUUAUCGGAGACUGUGAAAACGGAUGUCAUGGAAAUGGGCGCUGUACCAGAACAGGAUGUAGAUGUGACUUUGGUUACACUGGUAUAACUUGUGAGAUUCCAGUAGUACCACAUUUAGUGACCAUGAUGGAACAGUUCGUAGAUGGGUCGACCUUGACCUCCAGUAACGCCCUUCAUUUUAAUGGUGCGUCUCUCAGCUACAGGUGUGGAGUGUUGUCUUACGGAAAAUCACUGGUGUUUGACAAGGAUGGACCCCGUAGACUAGUAACAGCAGAUUUUAACACGACAAAUAACCGGUACAUCCAGUUCUUUAUAAGAAUAGGAAGCCAUUCCAUGACAUCAAAAUGUCCUCCACCAACACAUGAAAGGGAAUCUGUUAUUUUAGAUUUCUCAUGUAAUGGAGGAUUAACAUGGGAUUUGAUCAAAAUUUUUGAUGACAUCCGGGAACCACAGUCUGAAAUUGUUAUGUUGCCUGACGAAGCAAGAAGUCCUGCAUGCAGAUUUAGAUGGUGGCAGCCUGUGCACUCCGGGAGCGGAAAAGAUUUGUGGGCUAUUGAUGGCAUAAGUAUUAACAACCACCUGUUUAACACUAUCAGUCUAGACAUGGAGGAUUUUAAAAACAAUUCCCGCCAGCUGAUAACCAACCUUGGUACAUUGUCUCAAAGCUAUUGCGGAAGCAGAACCAGUAUGAGUUUCAUUGAACCUGAUCAGACGGGAGAAAUGCGGUACAUGGAGACCAUGCCUGUACAUGUUGGGCCUACUUACGUCAUAGAGUUUGACCUCGUUAUGGCAUGCCGAAACAUGUUUUCCAUGGAUCGUGACAAUUUACUGUAUUUGGAGUACUCCAAUGAUCAUGGUUUAAGCUGGCGAUUGAUUGAAGAACCUUGUAUUCCGCCCACAACGUGUCAAUCAUACGCUGAGGGUACAGUGUACCACCCAUCCAAAUAUCAGACGUGGCGUCGGGUCACAGUGCCGAUGCCUCCCACAACAUGGGGGCAUGUUGUAACCAUGAGAUUGCGUCAGUCCGACUGGGGUCCAUUGGACACGUGGGCAGUCUCCAGAAUAUAUGUUGGUCAGCAUUGUCCUCAACACUGUAGCGGUCAUGGGAGGUGUGAAGAAGGCGUAUGUAGUUGCGAUUCAGGAUACUCUGGGUCCAAAUGCAAGCCUAGGAGAAGAAUUGAUGAAACAAUGCAAGCCGACUUUGGAAUUCGUUAUGAACCCGAGUCAGAUUUCAUAGACAUCUUAGGUGGGGAAGUUAUUGGGGGUGAUAAAGGCUGCGGAACCUUACUGUCCGGGGAAACACUCUAUUUUUCUGGUAAUGGCGUAAGGGAAGCACAGACAAAGGACCUGAACACGGAAAAUGAAGAUUAUAUAGAGUUUUAUCUGAGGAUAGGAGGUGGAUUGCCAGACUGUAACGGGGGAGAAACCUCAGAGGAGGGUGUAGUUCUCCAGUACUCUACUGACGGAGGAACCACUUGGAAACUACUCCAGGAAAUGACUACAGAAAAGUUCAGAAAAGCAAAAUUUGUACAUGCAGUGUUACCUGAAGACGCCCGCUCUCCACUGACCCGGUUUAGAUGGUGGCAGCCCUCCCAUUCCGGUGGAGGAGCAGAUCAGUGGGCCUUGGACGAGAUACGUGUGGGGCACUAUGAGAACCGGAGGAUAAUUGAAGAUAAUUUUAACAUGCAGUUGAAUGCAAUAGAUAAAGGUGUUUGGUCCACUAUAACUGAAGGUAUUCUGGGUAAAUAUUGCCAAAAUCGGAAUAGGGCUCUGAUUUUGGCUAACCAGCAGAAUGACAAAUUCGUCAUCACUAAGGAUCUGGACCUAGAAGCUGGUGACAUUAUACAGUUUAGGAUCAACGUUGGUUGUAGUAACCAGUUCCGUUGGGACCACACAGUUAUGUUGGACUACAGCCAUGAUGGCGGUCAAACAUGGCGGUUAUUAGAGGACCCUUGCUACCAGGAAAAUGAUUGUGACGGAAGGUACACGGAGGGAACUAUGUACUACUCUGGUCCACAUGGUUACUGGCAAACCGUGAUUAUACCCGUCACACAGGAGUUAGCCAUGCACCCAGUAAUGUUGAGAUGGUGGCAGCAGGGCGGAUAUCCAUUUAACUUUGCUCUUGAUGAUGUUUACGUGGGACCACCUUGUAAGAAGAACUGUCACAGAAAUGGUGUCUGCGAACAAAGUGGCUGUGUAUGCGAUGAUGGUUUUAAAGGUCAAGAUUGUAGCUUUGAAGGGAAAAGCCCGUACGGUAUGUCUGAUUGGUUUGAUAAUCAUCAUAAGCCUUCAGACAUUUGGAAGAGAAUUAUAGGAGGAAAGUUGGGUAUAGGAUGUGGUGUGGUGGAUUAUGGGAAUUCCUUGCACUUUAGUGGUGAUGGAACAAGGGAAGCUGUCACAGUACCAUUGAAUACAACAUAUCUUCGGAUGCUUCAAUUCGUAGUAAAAAUUGGCGGGAACGGCCAUGCUUUGUCUUGCAUUUUCCCUGUUGGCAGAAAUGAGGGCGUGAUUGUUGAUUAUUCCACCGAUAACGAGGUUACAUGGCAUGUUCUUAAAAUAGUUGAGCCAAGGGUUCAUAAUUAUACCACGGAGAGAGUUACCAUGGAGUUACCACAGGAUGCCAAGACAGAAAGAACUAUAUUCAGAUGGUGGCAACCUCUUGGCUAUGGAGGAGUGCCCCGAGCAGAAUGGGGAUUAGAUAGUGUGAUUAUUGGAGUGAAUGAGACGAACAAGGAGACGUUUCAAGAUGACUUUGCUAUGAUGGUUCCCAAUCCAGAGAACUGGCUGCUGACCGAGAGCGCUGUUCCAAGGAUUACCUGUAACUCUAGAGGAAACGCUCUGGAGUUCAGUAGGGAUAAGGACUUAAGAUUUGCCGAAACGAUGGAUUUUCGAAUCACUCCGUCCACUUUUCUUCAGUUUGAUAUCGCCAUGGCUUGUGAUUCUUUAUAUGGUACUCUUUAUGGAGUAAUGCUUGAAUACUCGGUGGAUAUGGGUCAAACAUGGCACCCCGUUGUUCAUCAAUGUGCCCCACCCAAUUUCCAAUGUAGUGGAUACCAUCUUAGCAGUGAAUAUAUGUCAGACCAACAUAAAAACUGGACAAGGGUUACGUUGUACAUGCCACCUGGCGCUGUAUCUCCAGCAACUAGACUAAGAUGGAAGCAACAAAAUAAAACACCACGUGGAAAUGUUUGGGCGCUUGACAAUGUUUAUCUUGGCAACGGUUGCCCGUGGCUGUGUUCUGGUCAUGGUUACUGUCGACAAGGGACUUGCAUCUGUGACCAAGGUUUCGGUGGUCCUCACUGCGACCCAUUACAACCACUUCCGAUGAUGCUCCGUGAUGGUUUUGAUGGAGAUGUAAUAAACAACCGCAAGUGGAAGGAGGUGUACGGUGGAGAACAGUCAUCGAUGUGUGGAGUAAUCGUCAGUGGGAAUUCCAUGUUGUUCCACAAGAAUCACCUUCGGAUGGUCGUAAGUGACGAUAUUGAUACUAGUAUGCUGACAGGCGCUGAAUUCUACUUCAAGUACGGAUGUACUGACCGAGAGACAGACUGGCCGAGGUCUGAGAGUGUUCUUUUCCAGUACUCAAGAAAUGGUGGAAUAGUCUGGAAUCUUCUUAAGGAGAUCCAUUACUCAGAUACCAGCAAGGUUAGGUUUUUUAGUAUAAAUUUGCCAGAUGAUGCUAAAUCAGCAGCCACUAGAUUCCGUUUCUGGCAACCUGAAAAUCAAGGGGAUAUGAAGUCAACAUGGUCAAUAGACAACUUCUACAUUGGAAAGAUGCCCGUCAGUCCAAGCUCUAUGUCUGACGACUUUGAAUGGACGACCUUGUCAGAUUCCUGGCUCUUUAUCAAUGAUGGCAAAGUUGGAGGUUACUGCGAACACAAUACAAGACAGGAUACCACGGGCUCUGGGCGCUCAGCAUUGGUCUUCAAUCUUAAUGGAGGUCACGGGGAGCGAUACGUGGAGACUAAAGACCUAAAUGUCGGCCCAAUGUCUGUUCUUCAAUUUAAUAUUAACGUCGGAUGUGAGUCUGAAUCAACUCAUGAUCAUCCAGUUCGAGUAGAAUACUCUCCUAAUGGUGGUAAAACCUGGCAUUCGUUGGUCCCCAACUGUGCCUUGACCUCCUCUGCUUGGUGUUUCGAUGUGGAGACCCCUGCCACUAUUUUCUAUGGUGGAACCUCUAGAUACUGGAGAAGAGUUAUAGUUCCAUUGGAUAAUGUUUACAUUUGUGGAUCUUUGAGAUUUAGAUGGUAUCAAGGUUUUGUUGCUGAUGAUCAGUACGCACCAGAAUGGGCAAUCGACAACGUAUUUAUAGGCAUGGCUUGCAUGGAAUAUUGCCUAGGUCACGGAUCAUGCUCAGAUACUAUGAUGUGUUCAUGUGACCAAAAUUACCAAGAUGAAAGUUGCACUCCUGCCAUUCGGCAUCCAACACAUCUUUCUGAAGAUUUUGAACAAAGUGACAGGGAGAAAGACUUGAACGAAACAAAAUGGUGGAUUCAGAGUGGGGGUGAAAUCUCACGUGAGUGUGGGGAGUUGAUAUCAGGAGAGGCGUUGCAUUUCAAGGAUAAGGGGGAGAGAACUCUCGUUACUGCAGAUCUGGACUUAAGUAAAGUAAGCAUUAUUCAAUUCUUCAUUCAACUUGGGUGUGAGAGUAAACCACCUGACACCUCAUCCUUUCCAGUUUAUCUACAGUACAGUACAAAUGCAGGUGUUAAUUGGAAAUCUAUUGAACAGUUUGAUUUCAAUAAAAAUAGUAACAGACCUAAAUAUAUAGCUCUUCAUCUACCUCCCGAGGCACGGACCAACUCCACGAGAGUAAGAUGGUGGCAGCCUUCUGUGAAUGGUACUUUUCCAGAGGAGUGGGCGAUCGAUCAGAUAUUCAUUGGUGGUGAUAUGGAUGGCAUUACACCCUUAGGAGACGGCAUUCAUUUGCCAAAAGAAACAAGCUGGUUGGUUUAUCCUGGAGCCGCCAUUGAAGAAGUGUGUGGCUCAUCACAGAAGGCAAUCCAUUUCAAUGGCGAUACAGGGAUAAGGUAUGCCAUGUCUAGUGACGUCAUUGUUGAUGGAACAUCGUUUUUACAAUUUGAAGUUGCAAUGGGAUGCAUUCCAAAUCAAGAAUGCUUUAACAUUGGAAUAGAGUUUUCUCGAGACUUUGGUAACACGUGGGAACUGCUUGAGCCACCCUGUUUGCCGUCGGAUGUCGACUGUGGUCGAUUUAAUCCAGGUAGCACCCUCGUGUCUGAUGUUAAUACAGGAUGGCACCGUGUUACAUUACCACUUCCGUACUAUUCUAGGGGUAAAGCCAUACGAUUCAGAUGGAUACAACCACCUGGAUAUGGGAAGAAACAGAAUUGGGCAGUAUCACAUUUAUAUAUAGGCAAAGGCUGUCCCCUUAUGUGCAAUGGUCAUGGGAAGUGUUCAGAAACGGGUUGCAUUUGUGAUGAUGGUUGGCAUGGGUUGAACUGUAGUGAGCCUUUGUUCCGACUUCCAACCUUUCUGUUCGACUCUUUUGACCCUGAUGUGAACGAAUCCCAAUGGAUUAAAAUUGUUGGGGCUCAAACCGUUCCUCCGUGUAAAGUUAUGGCUGCUGGCAAUGCCUUGCACUUUUCUGGACGUUGUAGUCGUGUUUUAGUCUCACGAGACCUUGAUCUGAGGCACGCGUUGUUUGUUCAGUUCCUGUUCCUGUUUGGAUGCACUGCCGGUCCCAUGACACGUAACCAAGGCGUGCUAUUGGAUUACUCCGCGGAUGGCGGAAUAACAUGGAUGCCGAUCACUGAGCUUUAUUAUACACUGUACAGGACACCAAAAUAUCUAAGCGUUAAAAUACCAGACAAAGCAAAAAGUAAUGGAGUCAGACUCCGUUGGUGGCAGCCCAAACAUGGAGGAUUUCCAGUCGGUGACUGGUCUAUAGACAAUAUCAGAAUAGGAGGAGAAGAUAUCAACCCAGAAGAUUUUACAUCAGAUUUCGGAGGAACAUUCAAUUACAAAGACUGGAUGAGUGAUGAUAAUAUGGCAUCCAAUUCAAUUUAUUGUAAUGAACCUAACGUUGCGCAGGGUACAACUCAAACAAAAGAGAAUUCAGUAUUAGAGACGAGAGAAAUAAGCAUUAAGAAUGAAUACCUCAUCCAGUUUGAACUAAAUGUGGGCUGUGAACAAAAGGUUAAUCAAUCGAGCCCACCAGUGCACCUUGAGUAUUCUACAGACCACGGAGUCACGUGGUCUCAUCUCUUUCCACAGUGUCUACCCAAGGAUCCACAAUGUAACAGUGGACCUCAGAUGGGAAGUGUUUAUCAUAGUGAGCCCAUGGGAAUGUGGAGAAGAUAUUCAUAUAUUUUGAAAGGUCUACCUGUUUCAAACUCAACAAGAUUCAGGUGGAUCCAAAACGCAGACGGCAAUUACGGACCUUCCCAUCACUGGGGAAUACGUAAUGUUUACAUUGGUGAGGGAUGUGAUGAUUACUGUAACGGACAUGGACGUUGUCAGUACCCGUUCUGUACCUGUGAUACUGGUUAUUCGGGAUCAAAUUGCAAAUAUGAUAGAAUUGAUAACCCUACAUACUUAAAGGCCAAUUUUGAAGACAGUAUAUUUGAUAAAUCAAAGUGGUCGUUGGUUGAGGGAGGAGAAAUAGGAAAACCCUGUGAAAAUCUUGUAGAAGGAUCAGCAGCAGUCUUCAAAGGGCCCAACUACAGGCAACUAGUCACCAUCGAUCUGGACCUUAGAAACACAAGAUUUGUACAGUUUGUUGCAUCAAUAGGAGGGAUAGACGUUGAUCUUACCUGCUUCUCUCCCCAAUCUCAUGAACAGAGUGUCAUUCUACAGUAUAGCAACAAUGGUGGAUUGACAUGGGAAGAUCUGCAUGUAAUGGAUUACACCACAUACAAACGUCCCAAGCAGGAAUACAUUAUAUUACCACAGCCUGCUAGAACAAAGAAUACGAGACUGAGAUGGUGGCAACCGCUAAACAGACAAUGGGAACAAACAGGACCACAAUGGGCUAUUGACAACAUCCUUAUAGGCGGAAAAGAAAUCAAUCCUAGCCUUAUGCAGGUUUCAUUUGAUGAGGCAAUACAAAGUGAUGCCCCUUGGGAAUUUAAUUUGUUUGGAGAAAUUAAAGACAACAUGUGUACAAAAGGUGACAGUUCGAUCGUGUGGGAGGAAGGUAAAGGAAAUAGAAGUUUCACAACCAGUCAACUUAUUGUUCAAGAGGGGUUUAUGCUCCAAUUCAAGAUUUCAGUAGGAUGUGAUGACAUAUAUGAUUCGUGCGAUAAUUAUGCUCCAUUACGUUUGAAAUACAACAAGGAUCCAAGAAGUGACCACUGGGACCUGGUGCGUCCACUCUGUCUGCCAGACCAUGCUCAAUUGUCAGAAUGUCAGCCCCGACACUAUCACUCGGCUUCUAUCUAUACUCACGAUACAUAUCAUUCAUGGACACUUGUUACCAUUCCUCUGACUGAGAAAACAUUUUCCAGUUAUACUCGCUUCCGAUGGAUACAGGAUGCCAGCUCUUUAAUCGGAACGUCUUGGGCACUUGAUGAUAUCUAUGUAGGAGAGACAUGUCCAGAUUUGUGUCAUUCCAGGGGAACUUGUGUGAAUGGAAAAUGUUUCUGUGAAAGGGGAUACUUUGGAAAAUCUUGUCUUCCUCGUCCAGGCAGUUUGAUAAACACAAUGUAUGACUCCUUUGAAGGAGGCAUUUUCUCAUUUUAUUGGGAAUCCAUUACUGGAGGUGGGAUAGGUUUUGGCUGUGGGGCCCUACGUCCAUUUGCUCAUGGCAAAACAUUAUAUUUUAACGGAUGUGGACAUCGAGAGGCAAAAACAGUAGAGAUGGAUCUGAGAAAAGCUAGAAAAAUAAUGUUCGUUCUUCAAAUCGGAUGUCCAGCUCAGACAGAAACCUGUAAUAUCCAAUCUGGAAGGAAUGGAUCAUACAGUGGCGUUUUACUUCAAUACACUCUUAAUAGGGGAGCCGAAUGGAAGUUAUUAUCACGCCAUGACGCUGAAGAAUAUUUAUUGCCAAAAAGAGCAGCCUACGAUAUACCAGAUGACGCUAAAUACGAAGGCGUACAAUUCCGAUGGUGGCAGCCGGUCCAUCGUAACAAAGGUUAUGAUCAGUGGGCCAUCGACAAAGUCGAGGUCAUAAGGGACCAUAGAGUGCACAAUAUGAGAUAUAGUUCCAGACUGAGUGGUGAUACAACAUAACAGAACACUUUAUCUUGUUGUUUAAUUAUUUUAACUGAUAUUCCAGUGAAAAGGGAUUUGUAUAUAUAAUUUAUUUAAGUUUAAUGAACAAUUCAACGAUUUUAGAAAUAUUUGAUUGCAGUACUUUUUCUUUUAUUUAUGGUAUAACAAUAUUACAUGAGUUAUGUUUUUUAAACGAGUUGAAAUAAUUUAUGUAUUUUUUUUCUUUUGUGACUAUCAAUCCAGUGUAAAGGAUGCAGAAAAAAAAUGACAGUAUCCAUUAUGCUUAACAGAGGAACAUGUAAAUUACAUUUCAUAUUCCCAAAGAAACGUGAAUUUGCUCAAUAUGUAUCAAUACAUGUUUAGUGGAUCCACACAUAAUGUAUA